AAUCGCACAAGGGUGUAGGCUAUAGAUCAGCUGUUUGUCAGCAUACAGUCAUAUGGAUCAUAGACCACUGGACUGAGCGGACUUUUUGGAUCCCAUUCGGUCAAUGCGUAGUUGCUUUAUGCUUGAGUGAUCACACUCGUUGAACAAAGGGUAAGUUAGUUUCUGCAAAUAAUUUUACCUUAAAAUAUAUAUUAAUUAUUGUUUGUAGUAAUUUAUGUAAAAAAAGGAAGAUGUUAUAUCAUUUCCUGGUUGAUAUUUUUAAUAAUAAUUAUUAUAUAAAUGGUUUCAAAAAUACAAUAGAUUUGAAAUGUAUAUUUUUAAUGUGAAGAUGUCUUGGGUGUUUUUUUUUAAGGCAAAGUACACUUAAAUACAUUUUUUUUAAAAAUAUGAUAAAGCAAAUGUUUCGAUUAUAAUUGAUAUCAUUUUUUGUUCUAAAAUAAUCAAUUGAUUAAUGUAACGAAUAAAGUCUCGUCAACCAGUCAUGAAGCUGUUGUGCGUAUUCACAUUGAAUGGGCAUUAUGGCUUAUCUAAUCUCAUCAAUAAAUAUUGAUCUUAUUAAACUAUUACUUUCAUUUCAAUUAAGAGUUUACAUUGUUUGCGGAGUUGGCAGUGUUUUUGAUUUAAACUUACCCAAACAAAAGAAAAAGCAUUCUGUGAUUUUGUGACAAUCGGCUCCAAUUUGGGUUUGAGCUAAAUGAGAAAAUAGCGUGAUUUACAUUCAUUUCAGUGUCUCAAAUUACAUAGAAACUGAGUGUCUUCACUUACAUAGAUGUUGAGUGUCUUCACUUACAUAGAUGUUGAGUGUCUUCACUUACAUAGAUGUUGAGUGUCUUCACUUACAUAGAUGUUGAGUGUCUUCACUUACAUAGAUGUUGAGUGUCUUCAUUUACAUAGAUGUUGAGUGUCUUCAUUUACAUAGAUGUUGAGUGUCUUCACUUACAUAGAUGUUGAGUGUCUUCACUUACAUAGAUGUUGAGUGUCUUCAUUUACAUAGAUGUUGAGUGUCUUCAUUUACAUAGAUGUUGAGUGUCUUCACCUACAUAGAUUUUGAGUGUCUUCACCUACAUAGAUGUUGAGUGUCUUCAUUUACAUAGAUGUUGAGUGUCUUCAUUUACAUAGAUGUUGAGUGUCUUCACCUACAUAGAUUUUGAGUGUCUUCAAUUACAUAGAUGUUGAGUGUCUUCACCUACAUAGAUGUUGAGUGUCUUCAUUUACAUAGAUGUUGAGUGUCUUCAUUUACAUAGAUGUUGAGUGUCUUCACCUACAUAGAUGUUGAGUGUCUUCACCUACAUAGAUGUUGAGUGUCUUCAUUUACAUAGAUGUUGAGUGUCUUCAUUUACAUAGAUGUUGAGUGUCUUCACCUACAUAGAUUUUGAGUGUCUUCAAUUACAUAGAUGUUGAGUGUCUUCAUUUACAUAGAUGUUGAGUGUCUUCAUUUACAUAGAUGUUGAGUGUCUUCACCUACAUAGAUUUUGAGUGUCUUCAUUUACAUAGAUGUUGAGUGUCUUCACCUACAUAGAUUUUGAGUGUCUUCAUUUACAUAGAUGUUGAGUGUCUUCACCUACAUAGAUUUUGAGUGUCUUCAAUUACAUAGAUGUUGAGUGUCUUCACCUACAUAGAUUUUGAGUGUCUUCAAUUACAUAGAAACUGAGUGUCAUUAAAAAAAAAACCCCUCAGGAAUGACUUCAAAGAUUUUGUUGUCAGUUUAGUAAAACUGUAUUUCAAGUUGUCUACUUGUACUGUCUGUAUGUUACUGACCACUGUCUAUGUUACUGACCACUGUCUAUGUUACUAACCACUGUCUAUGUUACUGAACUUUUUUUACACAAACAAGAGUAUCGAUAUCAUCAUCAGGCACGAUUGCCAAUUUGCUCUCAGCUAACACUCAGAAAGUGUAUACCGAGAAGUACGUCAUUGACGCAUUUAGCUUAGCUUUACGUUCAUACAAUCCCCCAGUGGUUCUAAUAGUUCUUUUAACAUUUACAGAAAUGAAGAUUGUUGAACAAAAGAAAGAAAAAACAUUGUAAUAUAAGUGUAAUGUCCUCGAAACGGAACUCAUGACGUUUUUUUAAAAAAAAUGUUGAAAUGAUUUAUCCUUCUCUCGUUACAGCCACACCUAGGGUGAAGGCAUCAUCCUUUUGGCGGGUGUUUGGCUACAGCGUACAGAUCAGAGCAUCCAUUUACAUCACAAAGUUUAGAUUUGAGAAUGUCCAGGCGGAAACUGGGUUUGUUUAAAGGUCACUUGUCGGGUGAGCCCCCCGUGGUAGCGUUGACCUCCUUCUCUGGCGAAGAUAACAAGGGUUACGUCAACCACGAGGAUGGCGGCGACACGGGAGUCUCUGACACUGUUUCGCCAAUCUCAAUCAUAUCGAACAAUUCUCAUGUCCCAAACGGCGCCAAACUGGGCAACGGUCUCCCUGACGGUACGGGCGUGCUGCCGUCCUCCGAUGAACCAACACCAAACGGGAAUGGAAUCCCCGGCCUUCGGAAACAGGUGUCGACUGUGGAGAUGAAGAAGUCCAUCAACCUGCUCCACUGCACAGCCAUCAUGGUCGCCGUGACGGGUCACUCGUCCAUAUUCGUGUCGCCGUCGUCCAUCUUAGCUCAGACCGGUUCCAUUGGGGCGUCCCUCCUGGUUUGGCUCAUCGGGGGUCUCAUCAACGUGGGCACGGCCCUGUGCUUCGCUGAACUAGGAACAAUGUACCCCAAGGCCGGGGGGCCCUACUCUUACGCUAUGAAAAGUUUCGGGCCCCUCAUGGGUUUCCUGAUGAUGUGGGGAUACACGGUCCUGAUUGCGGGGCCCUUUUGGGCGUUUCUGGCCAACACGGCGGCUCUUUAUAUUGUCAAGCCAGCUUUUCCCGACUGUCUGGCUGACGAUGUCAAGACAGCAGUCAACAUACUAGCAGGGUGGAUUAUGG